GGGCGGAGGUGCGGGCGCCAGGCCAGGCGGGGGAGCCGGCACUACCUCUGCCUCUAGGAGUCGGGCGCGCAGACGAGCUCGCGGGAGGAGCCGGGGGCACGGGCGUCCCGCCGCCCGCAGAAGGAGCCCCAGGAACAGUCACAGCAGCUACGGGGUGGCAGCAUCCUCUGAAGAGACACUCCAGGCUCCGCGGCUGUCUCGCUCCUCCCAAAGGCGAGCGCCGCCACCCGUACCCGCGCUCCUGCCCGCUGGGGCCCCCCCCGCCGCCCAUCCACUCGCGGGGACAGCCACACCAGCACCCCCGGACCUUCACCUGCUGCGGGCCCCCGGGCGGGCAGGCACGGGGGAAGAAGGUGCGCAACACAGGGACCCGGGAGACAUCAUCUCCUGUUCUCCACUACGCGCAGGGCAGGGACGCCCACCGACACCUCAAGCCCCUGCACCGGGUCCCCAAGUUCAAGAGCGACACCCUUCAAAAGCGGAGCUAUCCCGCGUGGUGAGCAUUCCAGCCCUAUUGACCGCAGUGACCUCGGCCGGCUCGCUGGAGUGCAGGCGGCCCUCUGCGCUCAAAGACCCCUUGGGUCCCCGGAGUCGCCCGCGCGCCCGGAGGGGCCAUGCCCGGACUGCGCCGGGACCGCCUACUGACCCUACUGCUGCUGGGCGCACUGCUGUCGGCCGACCUCUACUUCCACCUCUGGCCCCAGGUGCAGCGCCAGCUGCGGCCCCGGGAGCGCCCGCGGGGCUGCCCGUGCGCCCGCCGCGCCUCCUCCCUGGACCUGAACUCCGCCGCAGCCGCCUCGGACCCCCACACGGCGGCGCACAACUUUUCCCGAGCCCGGCCGGGGACUGAGCAGGACCGCAGUGGCCGCAGUGGCCCCGGCUCCAAGCUGCAGGCCCUCUUCGCCCACCCGCUGUACAACGUCCCGGAGGAGCCCCCUGUCCUCGGGCCUGAAGACGUGCUGCUGGCCAGCCAAGAGACGCUGCGGUAUUACCGGAGGAAGGUGGCCCGCUGGAACAGACGACACAAGAUAUAUAGACAGCAGCUGAACCUCACUUCCCUGGACCCCCCGCUGCAGUUCCGACCCGAGGCCAGCUGGGUCCAGUUCCACCUGGGAAUCAACCGCCACGGGUUGUACCCCCGGUCCAGUCCCAUCGUCAGCGAACUCCUCCAGGACAUGAGCCACCUUCCCACUAUCAGUGCAGAUUACAGCCAGGACGAGAAAGCCUUGCUUGGGGCCUGUGACUGCACCCAGAUUGUGAAACCCAGUGGGGUCCACCUCAAGCUGGUUCUGAGGUUCUCGGACUUCGGGAAGGCCAUGUUCAAACCCAUGAGACAGCAGCGAGAUGAAGAGACACCCGCGGAUUUCUUCUACUUCAUUGACUUUCAGAGACACAAUGCUGAGAUUGCAGCUUUCCACCUGGACAGGAUUCUGGACUUCCGACGGGUGCCACCAACAACAGGGAGGCUAGUCAAUGUCACCAAGGAAAUCUUAGAGAUCACCAAGAAUGAAAUCCUGCAGAGUGUUUUCUUUGUCUCCCCAGCCAGCAACGUGUGCUUCUUCGCCAAGUGCCCCUACAUGUGCAAGACCGAAUACGCUGUCUGUGGCAACCCCCACCUACUGGAGGGCUCCCUCUCCGCGUUCCUGCCGUCCCUCAACCUGGCCCCCAGGCUGUCUGUGCCCAACCCCUGGAUCCGCUCCUAUACACUGGCGGGAAAAGAGGAGUGGGAGGUCAAUCCUCUUUACUGCGACACCGUGAAGCAGAUCUACCCCUACAACAGCAGCAACCGGCUGCUCAACAUCAUCGACAUGGCCAUCUUCGACUUCCUCAUCGGCAAUAUGGACCGUCACCAUUAUGAGAUGUUCACCAAAUUUGGGGAUGAUGGGUUCCUUAUUCACCUUGACAACGCCAGAGGGUUUGGACGACACUCCCACGACGAAGUCUCCAUCCUCUCGCCACUCUCCCAGUGCUGCAGGAUAAAAAAGAAAACACUUCUGCACCUGCAGCUGCUGGCUCAAGCCAAGUACAGACUCAGCGACGUGAUGCGGGAGUCACUGCUGGCGGACCAGCUCGCCCCUGUCCUCACAGAGCCCCACCUCCUCGCCCUGGACCGGAGACUCCAGAUCAUCCUAAGGACAGUGCAGGGCUGCGUGGAGGCCCACGGAGAGCACAGCGUCAUAGCCAGUGGCCCAGCAGAACAGCCAGCCCCAGACUCUGGCCAGGCUAACGUGCCAAGCUAGGGGCUGGACCCGUCCAGCCGCAGGUACUACCCCUGGAGCCAGCAGUGGACCCGAGUGUGGGCCACUGCAUGCUCACGCGCCCCCGGGACGUGGCAGGUCUUGGGGCAUGAGCUCGGGAAGCAGGCGGGGCAUUGGGAUGAUUCUGAAAGAGCAGAAGUGGGCUUCACCGGCCCUUCCUCCCUGGCACGCUGCUUCUCCAGUGGACGGCCUUGGCUCCCUCUUGCUCAGGAAGCACGGCCUCGCCAAGGCCACGGGCCAGCUCCUGGGCCCACUGGGAAAUCAGGAUAAAUCUGGGUACACGGCAGGCUUGAAAGGUUUGGAAACCUUGUUCCCAGAAGAGAGUAUUCACUGUUACAAAUAAAAUAAAAGGACAUCCAGUGGACAC